UUAUUUAUUUUCUGUCACUAGCAAAGGAAAGUGAAAUUUUGUUAUAUUUUAAUCGUUUGUAAUAUUGACAUAAAUUUAUUUGGCAGUAUUUGUAAAAUAACAUAUAAUGUCUGGUUGUUUGGAUAAUAUUCAUUUCAAUAGGCCUGAAUGGCUUGAACUAGGUGAAAAGAGAAAUUCAGUUGCUUCAAUAGUAGCUGGGUGCUUGUUUUUCACAGGAUGGUGGAUCAUUAUAUACAUUGCUUCUAAGUACCCUGAUACCACUGACUUUUACCAUGCCUAUCAUGUAUGUGGUGUUAUUGGAACUAUUGCCUUUUUCAUGAUUAAUGCUGUCUCUAAUGGACAAGUGAGAGGGGAUGCAUAUACGACAGGUUGCUUGGGCCAAAGAGGUGCAAGAGUGUGGCUAUUUUUGGGAUUUGUUCUUGGCUUUGGUUCUCUGAUUGGUUCAUGCUGGAUUUUGUUUGGUCUAUAUGUUAUCCCUAUGAAAAAUCCACAAGGUCCUGGUAUUGGAGUUUUUCUGCAAAACAUGUUCAUUUUCCUUGGAGGUCUUGUAUUCAAAUUUGGACGUACUGAAGAUUUGUGGGGUUGAUGGAUUGAUUUUAUAUUGGAAGGGAAAGAUAUUCCAUGAAGACUCAUCUGCUUUGGGGUCUUUUCAUUUUGUAAAAAGUUAGAUGUUUUUUAUUUAAGAGGCAGCAUAUUUGUUCUUUAGUGUAUGUUGAUUUUUAUUUUAUGCUUGUGAUAAUUAAAAUUAUUUUUGUCAAGCUGAA